GUUGGGAAUGCCCCCUGGGCCCACAGGUACUUCCGGGGCAGUACAUUCUAGUCAGUCCACAAGUCAAAUGGCAGGCUCGCAGUUAAGCCCGUUGACCCCACACGGCAGGGAGCUCCUCGAGCUCCAACAAGUCGAAAGGAUCCGCGCUCGGUUAGAGAGGGAACCGAAGCAAGCUACCGACAGAGAGAAAGAGAUCAAAAAUAGAACGGCCAGGUUUGAUACGUUAGAGGCAGACAAAGCUGCAUUAGAGGGCUUGGAUGAGUCAGCCAUGACUGACCAAAUGAAAGUGUUGAAGAACAGCGUACUGUCGUUGCAUGCGCAUGUGGACAACAGACUGGACUUCAUGCAGAACUCUUUGGACCAGAUCUUGGACCUUUUGCAAAGGCUAGGAUUAAGGCCAGGAGCACAGUCGUCGUUGCCGUUAACGACGAUGUCAAUCCCCUUUCUGGUACAAGCUGGCACACAGCCAAGUGGUACGUCUGUAGCAUCUGCACAGACUGUUGCUUCUUCUUCUUCUGGGUCAGCGGUGAUAGCUACAACAUCACCGCAACAACCUGUUCCUCAACAGGGACAACCGCAAGGUCAAUGGUACCCAAAGACCCCUAUGAAACCGCCCCUUGCCUUCUCCGGGGAGAAGAAGGACGAGGAACUCAACACAUGGUUGAAAACAGUUCCAAUGUGGGUAAUGGCAAAGAGGACUUUGCAGGAGGAGGAGGUGAUUACUGCUGCAUCUUACCUUGAGGGUAAGGCAGCCAAAUGGCUAGAUGGAAUAGUAGCAAAGGGCGGGUUCGGACGACGUAUGGCAGACUGGGCUAAGACCCUUACGUUAGAAGAAUUCUUAGACAUGGUAGAAGCUCGCUGGCAUAAUCCACAGCAGGCACAAAUUGCCACCGAUGCGAUGCUCAAACUAGACCAACGAAAGUACAAGUCAGUCAGAGAGCUUACGUCUACCGUAGAAAGCCUCAUCGUUGUUCCCGGCAUACGCUACGAUGAUCAGGUCUUAUUGACCAUGUUUGUGAGAUGUCUACCAGAGAAUCUCAGGACCUUACUAGCCAGCGAGGCUCGCCUCGAGAAUCAUUCGUUUGAGACCUCUAGAAAGGCCUUAGAUUUAGAGGUUACUCUAGGAAGUGCUCAGCCUACUCCAGUAGACGGGAGGAAGAAGAAGAGUCCAAAGGAGUGGAAGAAGAAGGGGAGUCGAUUGAUGAUGGUUGAGUCUGAUGGGACCCAAACCGAGAUCGAGGAGCUUUCAGACCUGAUGGACAGUACAGAGUACGACGGUGAGGAAACCGAUGAGGGUAGCACCCUCGCCACAGUGGUAAAGACUAAGGCAGGUGGCUGAGGGAAGGGCCAUCAAAAGGGUCAAGGGCAGACCGCCUCCAAUCAGGCCAAAGUUACUGAUUGGGUAAAGGCAGGUAUUGA